AGGGGGGAAGAGAUGAUCGAGAUGGCAGCUGAGAAGGAGCCGUUCCUCGUGCCGGCCCCGCCGCCGCCACCCCUCAAAGCUGAUUCCAGUGGUGGGGGUGGCACUUUGGUGCAGCCACACCGAGAGGCCUCCUCCGGGGAGCUUUGUGGCGGGACAGCUCAGGGACCAAGCCCACAUACACCCACAAUAUCAGGCAGGGAGGGCUUUCCGGCCCCGUCCCCCACUAGGGCUGGCCAGAAUCCGCAUCGGGGUGGUGACCCAAUGGCCCCGAUGGCGCAGGGGGAGGCCCGCCAGUCGGAAGCUUUUGGAGAGGCCCCUCCCCCUGACAUGGAGGAGGAGCGAAGGGGAUGGGGCGGGGCCGAACUAGGGCCCCCAGCACCCCCCAGGCAGCGCAAUGGCUACCAGCCCCAUAGGCCUCCCGGGGGCGGUGGGAGCAAGAGGAGGAAUAGCUGUAAUGUGGGUGGCUUCAAGCAUCCAGCCUUCAAGAAGCGUAGGCGAGUUAACUCGGACUGUGACCCAGUCUUGCCCUCCAAUUUUCUCUUGGGGGGAAAUAUCUUCGACCCUUUGAAUCUGAAUAGCCUCCUGGAUGAGGAGGUAAGUAGAGCACUCAAUGCCGAAACUCCUAAGUCCUCUCCACUGCCAGCUAAGGGGAGGGACCCAGUGGAAAUCCUCAUUCCCAAGGACAUCACUGACCCACUCAGCCUCAAUGCUUGCACUGAUGAGGCCCAAGUGGUUCGUGCCUCACCACUCAAGACUGGUAGGAAGCGACAUCGACAUCGGGGACAGCACCACCAGCAACAGGCUGGCGGACCUGGGGGAAAUGAACCCACCUCCUCUGCACUUCCCCCAACUUCCACCACUCCCUCACUGCAAGGAGAAGCCACCCCCCAGCAGCUGCAACUACGACAGAAGUCCCAAGGCCGGGAUGGCCCCCAGCCUUAUGAACUGAACACUGCCAUCAACUGCAGGGAUGAAGUAGUGUCCCCCCUUCUGCCUGCCCCACAUGACCCCCCAGGCACUCGCGCAGCCCCUUCAGCUGCCUCAGCAACGCCUGCCCCCUUGUCUUCUUCCUCCCGCCACCGGAAACGUCGUAGGACUUCCAGCAAGUCUGAGUCAGGUGCCAGGGCUGGUGGCCAGGGCCCUAAGGAGAAAGUCCGGGCAAGAGGUGGGGGAGGCCGCCAACAUGACCACCCUCUGCCUGCAGCUGGUUUCAAGAAGCAGCAAAGUAAGUUCCAGUAUGGGAACUAUUGCAAGUACUAUGGCUAUCGUAACCCAAAUUGUGAAGAUGGGAGGCUUCGGGUGAUGAGGCCUGAAUGGUUCCAGGGCCGUGAUGUACUGGACCUAGGCUGCAAUGUAGGCCACCUGACCCUAAGCAUUGCUUGCAAAUGGGGACCAGCUCGAGUAGUGGGUGUAGACAUCGAUGCUCGGCUCAUACACUCUGCUAGACAGAACAUCCGACAUUAUCUUUCUGAGGAACUUCGUCUGACACCUCAGCCACCUGAAGGAGUCCAAGGACCAGAAGGUGGUAAGGGGACUGCUACCACCCGAAAGAAGAGCUGCUUCCCUGCCUCCCUGACUGCCAGUCGGGGCCCCAUUGCUGCACCCCAAGUGCCUCUGGAUGGGGCUGAUGCCUCCAUAUUCCCCAACAACGUUGUCUUCAUCACGGGUAAUUAUGUGUUAGAUCGAGAUGAAUUGGUAGAGGCCCAAGCUCCUGAGUAUGAUGUGGUGCUCUGUCUCAGCCUCACUAAAUGGGUGCAUCUGAACUGGGGUGAUGAAGGAUUGAAGAGAAUGUUUCGAAGAAUCUACCGCCACCUACGACCUGGGGGCAUUCUGGUUUUAGAGCCCCAGCCUUGGUCAUCCUAUGGCAAGAGGAAGACACUCACAGAAACUAUCUACAAGAAUUAUUAUCGAAUUCAGCUGAAACCUGAGCAGUUUAGUUCCUACCUAACAUCCCCUGAGGUUGGCUUCUCCAGCUAUGAGCUUGUGGCCACACCCCACAACUCUUCCAAAGGCUUCCAGCGUCCUGUGUACCUGUUCCACAAGGCUAAUUCCCCUACUCACUGAGGAGCCCUUCAAGGACAAUGAUCAGAAGCUGCUCUGUUACUGAGGACCUGUGGGGGAGAGUUCUACCCACAGCUUACUCCUCUUCCUGAUAGCUAAUUUGUUUUCCUGCCAGAAUCUUUAACAAGGAGCCUACCAACCUCCAGCACCUAAGCAUUGGACAUAAUUGGACUAAAAGGUUGUCAUCUCUUUCUCCCCACAGCCUUGUAGGCUGGAUGUUAUGGAUCAUGAACCCUUGCUUUUAGUAAGGGGAACUGGGUGUCCAAAUCUCAAUUGCUCUGGGUCUUCCCUUUUUGUCUCUUCCCCAUCUACCCCUUUGAUUCCUAGCCCCUGGUGGGCACCCUGGCCACGUUUCAGUGGACCAAUUUAGGAUGGGUAUCACCAGAUGCUGCAGAAGUCCCCUCUAGAUGGUCCUUGUGUGAUGGGGGGAAGAGAGGGUCUGGGGUGAAAGCAGCACAAUAAACCUGAUAUUGAAGGCAGUGACCCCUAAA